AUGUCGACACCUAGCAUAUCGCGAACUUGCACACAGUGCCUACGAGCAUCCAAAAUCGCGAUCCAAACGACCCCAACACUCUCAGCAUCGCGACGAAGCUUCCAAACCUCGGCGCCACUCUACCUCGACUUCCUCGCUCCGUCAUGGCAUAAUCAACCCAUAUCCGCCUCGCCUUCGCCAGCACAACCACGAAUCCCAAGAUUGCGCCAUGAAACCCCUGCAUCACAAAGGCGCUCCAUCUCCGCCACAUCGCGCCGCUUCGCAAAAGCCAUCAUCAACCCACGAACCUCCUCCUCCGGCGAACCCAUGACCAUAACCAUAACCCCCCGGGCCGCGCACCGCCUCGAAAAGAUCUCCUCAACCGACUCCAACCCCGACCUUGCGCUGCGCGUUUCUGUCGAAUCAGGUGGAUGCCACGGGUUUCAAUACCUCAUGAGCCUGGUCUCCGCGAAAGAUGUUGAUCUGGAGGAGGACACGGUUUUUGAGGAGGAAGAGGUGCAUGGGAAGGAGGGCAGUUAUAGGGCGAAGGUGGUGAUGGAUGAGCCGAGUUUGGAGUUGUUGAGGGGGAGUCGUGUGGAUUAUACGAUGGAGUUGAUUGGGAGUCAGUUCAAGGUUGUGGGCAUACCCGGGGCGAAGAGUUCGUGUGGGUGUGGGACUAGUUUUGAUAUUGCGGCGUGA